CCGCGAACGGUGUGCAGCGGUGCCCUUGUCACCGAUGUCGUCCGCAUCAGGAUCAACCCGGAUGAUGUGACGCCUAUCGGCAAUGACAUCCCGUUCCAUCCUGACGUCAAGCGGUGGAGAUUCUGCUGGAUGAGGCGAGCAGGGGUGACAACUCCGGAAGACAUGCUCUGUGCUGCAGGCAUCCCAGCACUGGGGGCGUUAAUCUUGUUUCUCGACAGGCUGGCUCGUUUUCCUUGUGCCUUUGCUGUCCUCGACUCUUCCCCAUUCACCAAUUUCACGUUCUCAUCUUGCUGAAUUUCGACAAACCCGUUACAAUCCCCUUUUACCGCAAAUCUGAUUCAACGAAUCCCGCCCAAGAUGGCUAACGACUCCGGCUCCGAAUCCGAGGUGCAAGAGCGCACGACGAUGCAGCAGCAGAAGGCCGAGAACGCGAAGAAACAAGCCAAGCGAGAGGCUGGUCUCCAGUCUGCACGCUCUCGAUCAUCAUCGCGCCGUGCCCGUCGCCAACGCAUCCAGCAGGGCAUGGACGAGGGAAAAUACAUGAAGACGACCUCUCUGGAGGUUCUCGAAGAGGCUGACGCGAAUGGUGAACUCGACCAGAUGGGAUUCUUCGAACGCAUUGGACCUGAUUCGACGUCCAUGGACGGCCCCGUGACCAAAGCACGUGCCAUGCGAGGCGAGAUUCCCAUGCGUGGGACCGACCCCAACCAGCCAUACCGCAUGGACCCCUCAAAAGAGGAGAGUGUACUGAAGAACACGGAUGGGUUGAAGUUGACGCUGGAGGCGAAUUUGGAAAUCGAGAUUGAGCUGAAGGCGAGUAUUCGCGGCGAGCUCACCUUGAGUCUGUAUGCUUGAAUGGAAUUAAAAUUCGUCUCUACGUACGACGAAGUUUAUGAUCUCGCUUGCUUCCCACUAUCGCUCCACACAAUGGGAGAUUGUGUGUGAAGUCUUUCUUUUAUCUUAUGGCAUGGGAGCG